CUUGCGAAAUCAAAAUUUCUCUUCCACACCAGAAAGUGUUUCAUCUUGGCUGCAUCAACUCAAGGAUCGUGAAACCUUUGCUUCACCAUGGCGUCUCUCAUGCGACUCUCUGCUCUUCGCAGCGCCACCAUGGCAAGAGGAUUUCGCACUGCAGCAGUGCUUCGCGAUGGUCCUUUCUCCUCUGGCGGCGGUCAUGUCAGCGAUACUGGUGGCAAGUUCAAGGAGAGGGAGCAAGCCAUGGAGGAAGCCUACUUCAGAAAGCAGACUGCUGAACAACUGAAGGCACUGAGGGAGUACAUGGAGCAGAAGAAGAAGUCUUCUGAGAUGCUGAUCGCGGAGCACGAGGAGGAGAUUCGCAAGCAUAAGGAGGCCAUCCUGGACUUACAUGACGACAUGGAGCAGGUAAGCAAGGUCCACGACGACAAGAAGUGACGCCGUUCCCAAUCACCACACCCGCAAUCACGAUGACCAUGGAUGGCAUUAGCUGAUGACAGGCCGGCUGGCUUGCUUGCAAUGGCUAGGUGUAUGAUGCGUGUCCAACCCUGUUACUGACUACCCGUAUGGCGCACUUGAUCUUCGCCCCGAGCUCAGUUUUGCUGAUGUUGCUGGCGCUCAAUGCAGGGCUUUAGCUGGCUUGGUUCUGCUCCGCUUUGUGUGCUUCGGUCUGUGCGAUUGCUUGCGCGUAGCUUAUGUAUGCUUAUUCUCGUCUUUCCCUUUUCAGUCCUGCAGACGUAAUGAAUAUUCUCGUCUUCUUAGGGUUUUCUUAGGUUUUAGUUGAUAUAUUUUGCCUUUAUUCGCUUGUAUCAUUUUUUCCAAGUAAGUUGGAAAUUAUUUCCUGCUUUCUUUUCCGAUUGUGUUGUCAAUAUUGAUCAUUUCUACCCGGCAACAUAAUCAGUAUGCUAAAUAUCCAGCACUGAAACUUA